CACUGACAGAACAACUUUCCUUUGAUGAUUUUCAAGAAAGCUGUACUGUGAAAUGGCAAAGUCUCCAGGAGGCAGAAUGCCAUUGCCUCUGGGGAAACGGGUCCUUUUUUCCAGUGUAGUGGUCAGUGGGAGCUGUGCCCUUACAUAUUACCUUAUACAAAAAGCUUUUUCCAGGGCUUCCUAUUACGAGCUGGUAUUGGAGCAGCUGCACAGCCACCCUGAGUCCCUGGAAGCUCUGUGCACUCCUCUCAACAUCCACUAUCUACACCUCACUGACAAGUACAACUUUGUGGAUAUUGCCAGUACCCAGUUGAAGAUUCCUGUCUCUGGAUUCAAGUCAGAGGGCCAUCUCUAUGUCAGCUCAACCAGAGAUGCCCCCUUUCAGAGAUGGCACCCUCAGGAUGUCUUCUUAAAUCUCAAGGAUGGUUAGCAGAUUCCUGUGUUCAAGUUCAGUACGGACAGUGGUGAUGAUAUAGAAACAGAGUAA